UCAGUCACUGACGAAAGCUAGUGGGUUACGUCUGACGUUUUCAAAAUCAUAUCCAGUUGCUUGAGUAACUGCUUUUUGGCGUAUUUUACCUUCUUGGUUGGCGACUUUUUGCAGGACUCACUAGGUUAUACCGGCUAUACAGAUACAGAUACAGAUACAGCAUGGGGUCCCUCAUAAAGAAUGAAUGUCGAAGAAUGAUGACUAGAUCAAGAAAAAGGAAAAGACAGGAGGAUUUCCUAACCCACUGUCAUGAAAAAAGAAUCCUCACCUUCCAGGAGUGUAUACCAGAAACCAUGAUGGAGCGCUGUGUGAAAAUCGGGGAGGGCGUGUUCGGGGAAGUCUUUCGCACCAGGAGAGAUGAUGGCAGUUCAGUAGUACUCAAGAUCAUUCCCAUUGAAGGGGAUUUCCCUGUCAAUGACCAGCCUCAGAAAACCUUUGAAGAGAUCCUGCCUGAAAUCGUCAUCUCAAGGGAGUUGAGUGAGCUAAAGGACAACCAGACAGGUAACCAGACAGGUGGUUUCAUCCACCUGCACCGUGUGUGUCUGGUUCAGGGCGCCUGGCCGGACCACCUGCUGGCCAUGUGGGACCAGUGGCACCAGGAGAAGGCAGGAGGGUCAGAGAACGACAAGCCAGACAUGUUUCCACGCUCCCAGCUGUUCGUUGUGCUGGAGUCCGAGGAUGGGGGCUGUGAUCUGGAACACUACCAGUUCUACAGUCUGAGGGAAGCCAAGGCUGUUCUGCACCAGAUCACCAUCGCCCUGGCUGUUGCGGAGGCUGCUCUCCAGUUUGAACACCGGGACCUCCACUGGGGAAACGUGCUGGUGAGGAAAGUCGGGGAACAAAGCUCCACCCACCACCUGGCAGGGGAGGAGGUGUGUGUGGACACCAGAGGACUGGAUGUGAACAUUAUUGACUUCACGCUCUCCAGGAUACACAAGGAUGGCCAGCCGUUAUACUGUGACCUGUCAGCUAACCCUACCCUGUUUGAGGGAAAGGGAGACUAUCAGUUCGACAUCUACAGAGAGAUGAAGAAGGAAAAUCGAGAUAACUGGAAGCAACACCACCCGUACACAAAUGUGUUGUGGCUGCACUACCUUGCAGACAAACUUCUGCACAAGAAGUACAGAGGACAGAAGAAGAUCCACAGGCAGUGGCAGCAGAAGUUCAGAACCUUUCUGAAACAAGUCUUAGCAUGUAGGACAGUAGCGCAGGUGUUGGAAGACUGCCAGCUUUUUGAAGAGAAAUAGUUAAGUUAAGUUAAGUUUUGCAGGAUUUUUUAAAUAAUUUUUUUAAAGAGAAACAAUUUUUUUAAAGAGAAAUAGGGAGUACUGACUCUGAAAUACGUAAAUGUAAUCCUCUGUGCAUAUUAUAUAUUUAUAUGCUCAAAUGACUGGGCAUGGCUUGAAACGAAUUCAUUUUGGGUACACUGGUGUACCUAACCUGAAAGCCCAACAUAGAACAAAGUAGGUAACUCCAGAGUAUGUAUGUGAAAUUUUAAAAAAGUUAUUUUAAAAGUAUUAAAGUUCAAUCACAUCAGUGUUCUCUAGUAUUCUUGCAUCUAGAUAUUUGUGUAGUGUUAGAUAUGUAUAACACUGUAAUAUUUUUGUCUUUUGUGCUAUGAAUAUUGUCUUCGUCAGAAAGACUAUGGAAUUGACUUUUUAAAGAGAAAUAGCGAGUACUGACUCGUAAAUGUAAUCCUCUGUGCAUAUUAUAUAUUUAUAUGCUCAAAUGACUGGGCAUGGCUUGAAAUUCACGUAAAUAAUUUCAUCAGGUUGGAAGAUA